GCAAAGAUUUGGAGACGCCUGCAAUCAGCGGGCCAAGGUUUAUUGUGAUGUUGAGUUGAAUCAGCAUAUACUGUAGCUGAAACGAGAAGAUGGAAAAAGCGACAGCGGUAACGCUCGUUCUGCUGUCAUGCUUCAGCGGGACAUUUGGGCAGUCUUGUGAGGGCAAAUGUGGGCAAACGUCCGACUCAUGUUCCUGCCGCCCAACGUGCACAUCUCUGGAGAGCUGCUGCACCGACUAUAAGGAAUUCUGCGUGGAAACCUUUCCGCACUCCGGCUCCAUUUUGGGUGGGGUGGAUUUUCUUGUCCUUGAUGCAACUUUUAACAACGAUUCCCAAAUUGUAUGCAGGUUCAAUGGUGACACCAACACUGUAGGCUAUGUGGAUGAAAGCGGUCGGGGCCACUGCAUCGCCCCCCUGCUAUAUCAAACUGGGUGGGUUACCUUGCACAUCUCCUCCAAUAGCAGUACAACGUUUACUCGAGCUGGAGCCUGGCUGUCCGUGCAUACAGGCAAGUUAGACUCGAAAUUCAAAGCCGCUCUGGUCAACUCAACAAAGUGGCAGUACUAUGGCACGCCUCAUGUUGGUGGCUCCCUGGAGAUGACGUGGAACACAUCACUGGUCCGAGCAGACAGCGUCAACAUUGAGCUGUGGGGUUAUAGAGAGACAGGAACGCCCUAUUCAGAGCAGUGGCAGGCAGAAUGGAAGUAUCUGUACUCCCUGGCGAAACAUCAACCCAACAACGGCGCCUUUAGCUUUGUGCCACAACCAGCUCCUCACUUCUCAAGCUGGGAGCUCGGCGCAGUCCGUGUCAGCUCAAGCGCCCACGAUGAUGGCAUGUGGAAUGUGGAAGCUGCAUGGACAGAGGACCACGCCCUGGCCUGGCACCUCGAGGAGGAGUUCAGGAAGGACUCGCAGGCUUGGGCCCUGGAAAAAUGUUUAUCGUGGGACCAUCUAGAAAACGAGCUGCCAAACUUCCUCAGCGAGAUCAUCGACUGCCCUUGCACGCUGGCUCAAGCCCGAGCCGACACAGGAAGGUUCCAUACUGAUUACGGCUGCGAUAUCGAGAAAGGAAGCGUGUGCACUUACCACCCAGGUAGUGUUCACUGUGUGAGAGCCAUACAAGCCAGUCCCAAGUAUGCAGCGGGGCAGCAGUGUUGCUAUGACAGCAGUGGCGCUCAGAUCCUGACGGCAGACUCAAUUGGCGGCAGCACCCCAGACCGAGCCCACGAUUGGGGCUCGCCCCCUUACAGGAAGCCCCCACGGGUCCCCGGACAGUCCCACUGGGUCUACGACGUCCUCAGCUUCUACUACUGCUGCCUGUGGUCCGACAACUGCCACUAUUACUUUAAACACCGGCCCUCCAGUGACUGUAGGCGCUACCAACCUCCCAGCUCAGCUGUGGUGUUUGGAGAUCCACACUUCAUGACCUUCGAUGGGGUCAGCUACUCCUUCAACGGCAAAGGCGAGUACAGUUUGUUGACAUCGGCUAGGAAAGGACUGACAAUCCAAGGCAGAGCCGAGCCUGUCAACGGAACCACAAUUAACGCGACAAAACUGUCAUCCGUUGCCAUGAGAGAGGCGUCCUCUGAUGUCAUCGAGGUGCGACUGGUGCCUGGUCACAGCCGCCUUCAAGUGCUGCAAAAUCAAAAAAGUCUUCUGUUCACUGAGCAGAGCUGGAUGGACCUCAAUGGUGUGUUUGUGUUUUCUCCGGUGGCUACAAAUGUGACAGUAAUGUUCCCCAGCGGCGCCGGCGUGGAGGUGCGGCUCAGAGAGGAGACCCUAACCGCUACCGUGCUCCUGCCGGAAGAAUUCCAAAACUCUACAGAGGGACUUUUGGGAAACAUGAACGGCAACGCCACGGACGACCUUGUUCUCAACAAUGGUCAGCUGGUGGUAAACUACAGUAACCCAGAGGAGGUGUUCAACUUCGGGGCCAGCUGGGCUGUGUCCAACACCUCUGCCUUGUUUACAUAUGACUCCAAAUACCUUUUGGACACUUAUUACCAUUCCCCGAGGCACGACCACAACUUUAUUCCAGUGUUUUCCAUUCAUGAGCACCCUGACGAUCCACUCUACAACGUGACGUCUGACAUCUGCUCUGGAGACGGUUCUCAGUUCUGUAGGUAUGACAUUCUGGUUGGUCGUGAUCUCAAACUGGGAAAUGCCACCAAAAUAUCUUUCCAGAGUCACAUUUCUCUCGUGGAGGACUUAAAGCCAGUGAUUUCUUGUGGUUGGCUUGCACCGCCACCCAAUGGCAAAAAGGAAGGUACAACCUACUUGCAGGGGGCCAAAGUGCGGCUUUCUUGCCAUGAUGGCUUCACGCUGGAAGGGUCUGCCGAACGCACCUGCCAGGGGGACGGCCGCUGGUCUGGAGGGGACACGAGCUGCGUGCUUUCAAGUAAUUUAGCCGGCAUUGUCGCUGGUUCAGUUAUUGGUGCUGUCACACUAAUUAUAAUAAUAACAACGCUUAUCCUCCACUCCAGAAGACGGAAAAGGAGACAGUCAAAAGAGACAUUUACAAAUGCUGCCCUUUAACCAGGAUUCUGUUUUUCAUGCUCUUAAAUAAGUCAAUAUUUGCUAAAACUCACAAUGCAGCAUUAAAACUCAUUGUUAAUGCCACAGUAAAAAUGCACUAUUUGUCUGUCAGACUACAAUUCAUUAUCUACUAUCUAUCAUCAUAUUACACAUCUUUAUACAGCAUCAAUAUAUUGUUCUCAAACAGAUUUGUUUGUACAGUAGAUCGAAGAUGUGCUAGAAUAUGUUGUGUGGCGAAGUACGGUCCAAAACACAGAUUAAAGUUCAUUAAAAUCGGCGUGUUAAGUGAUUGUGUAAUUACUUUAUGAUUGCAGUGACUCAUUGUUGAUCAGAUAACAACAAUACUUUAAUGUUGUGUUGCUCAGAUGAGUUUGUUUCGGACUAAAUCCCAGUUCAUGAACGCCAAUAAACACACAGGUGGUGCCAAUAUGAUUGUGUUUGAGUGGCGGACAGCUCCAUUGAUGUUCCAUAGUCCAACAAUAACAAAUGAAUUAUUACCUUUAUCCAGAUUCUCACCAAAACAGGGUGGGUUCUUCUUUGACCUAUGCAUGCGCUACCCCUCCAGAUAAAACACAAUUAGGAAUAAUAAAGAAAUUACAGCAAAUUAAUCAGAAUAACGUCAUAUUAAUCUGAGCUGUUACAUUAAUCUGAAUAACAAACUAAUCGGAAACAUUUUAAAUUAAUCUCAAUUAGAUCAAAUUCAUCUAAACAUUAAAUGUAUUCAAAUAUCUAAUCUAAAAUGAAAUCUGACAAAAAUGAAACAAAUCAGAAUAAAAUUAAAAUAACUAAAAAAAAACUAUAGUCCGAGUAAAAUUCAGCAAAUCUGAUUAAAAUUAAAGAACAACUGUAUUGAUCUCAAUAAAAUUUAACUUAUCUGACCAAAAUAAAGUAGUCAGAAUCAAAUUAAUGUGAAU